CAGUUUCAAUUCGGCAUCGGUUUCUUGUUCUCGUUCCUUCCCUUUGCGCCGGCAGAUGCAUGUCUGAGAACAAGGUCGAGCAGCUCAGAGAUGAGGGCUCUCGUAUGCAAGUUGUCGCCGCGGGUGCCAUAGCAGGUCUCGUGUCAAGGUUCUGCAUCGCUCCCCUCGACGUCGUCAAGAUCCGUCUGCAACUGCAGAGUCAUUCUCUCUCCGACCCGCUAUCCUACGCCCAUCAUGCGCAGAAGGGGCCCGUCUACAAAGGCACUAUUGCCACCCUCAAGACUAUCCUCCGCGAAGAAGGACUGACUGGCCUGUGGAAGGGCAAUGUACCCGCUGAGGGCAUGUACCUGGCAUAUGGAGGCAUUCAAUUUCUGGCCUAUCGCUCCGCGACACAAGCCAUUGAGGAGCUUUCGCCAUACAAAUUGCCAGGGACUGCUGUCAGUUUCUUCGCCGGAGCUGCUGCAGGCACAGCUGCCACGACUGUUACCUACCCUCUCGAUCUUCUCAGAACCCGCUUCGCUGCUCAGGGCAAUGAUCGCGUCUACACCUCCCUCCUGUCAUCGAUCCGCGACAUUGCAAGCAACGAAGGCCCUAAGGGCUUCUUUCGAGGCCUGGGCGCUGGCAUUGGACAGAUUGUGCCAUACAUGGGUCUCUUUUUCACCUUUUACGAGUCGUUGAAACCUGCAUUCGCUGGUGUGUCACUGCCUCUCGACUCUCUCGGCUCCGGCGACGCCAUAGCGGGUGUGCUUGCCAGUAUGAUGUCCAAGACGGCCGUUUUCCCACUCGACACCGUUAGAAAGAGAUUGCAGGUUCAGGGCCCUACAAGAGCAAAAUAUGUGCAUAAGAACAUUCCAGUCUAUGAUACUGGUGUCGUCCGCACAUUGACCUCAAUCGCAGCUCGAGAGGGCGUGCGAAGUCUUUACAGAGGCUUGACUGUGGGUUUGAUAAAGGCUGCUCCUGCAAGUGCCAUCACUAUGUGGACCUAUGAGAGAGCUAUUCACAGCUUGCAGUCAUUUGAGGUGCUGGAAGGGAAGCAUUGAGUCAUUGAGUAGCUUGUAAUGAUCCAUAGAACAUCUCUACAAUCACAAUGCAGCUUCAACGCC